AUGGCGGAAAACAUACUUGAUAUAUUUCUAUCGGGCGAUGAAGAUUUUGAAUUUGAGGGAUUUACGAGAUCAGAAAUAGAUGCAACGGAAACAAGAAGUAUCAGAAGUGAUAUUUCUUUCUCGGAUAGUGAUGAUUCCUCCUCAUCUGAAGAGUCCGAAGAGGAAAUAGACGAGGAAACUUGGACAAGGAUGCUCUCCAAACCAAACGUUGUCGAAUUUAGAGAGGAAGUUGGAGCAGCUUUUGUGUUAGAAGAAGACAAGAAAGAAUUAGAUUUCUUUCACAGAUUUUUCCCUGUUUCUUUGGUCGACAACAUUGUAGAGGAAACAAAUCAAUAUGCAGCGAGAUGCAUUGAAGCAAGGCUGGAUAAAAUUUGGACCCCUACAACAUUUCUUGAAAUGAUGGCCUUUUUGGGAAUUCACCUAGUAUUUUCCGUCUUAGGCGUUCCCUCGUACACCCUUCCAUGGAAGUCUCCUGGCCUUUUCAACUUCCAAGCAUACCAUCAAUCAUGA